UUGAACAUCAACGCUCUAUUCGAGUCCUUGUUUGCUGUUUCCGAUUCCGCCUUAAUAGACGCCUCAUUCGAUGGCUUUAUCGAAUCUAGAUCUACCGAUUCCCACCAAAACGAUGAUGAUUUUAUCGAACGUGCUAUUCACCUCUCAUCCGUAUUGGUCGAAGCUGCCAAGAGAUCCGCUCGUAAACGAUCUUCCGUUCAUAAUGCAUCCGUCUGGCCUCUCUCUCCAGACCUGACAAUCAACGUUUUCUCUAUGCUUGAUACCCAAAGCCUAUUCUGUGCCGGGGCUACGUGUUCGUUUUUUAAGAAGUGUGCCAUAGAUCCUUUGUGUUAUAUUAAUAUUAACUUGGGUACUUUAACACCCAAAAUCAAACCCAAGAGCAAAGACCCCAACAACAAAGAUGAUAUGGUAUCUAAGAUGAUCCAGCGAGCUGGAAGUGCGCUUCAGUCUAUUAAGCUUGGUGUACUGCCGCCUUAUAUCAGCGAUGGUGAUGAUGAAAGGAGUUAUAAGCAGUUCCUAAAAAUAGAGGAGUCACCUUUCUUAACAGGCUUUUGCUUGAGUUCUUUGAGUACGAAUGGUGGUGUACCUGGGUCUCGUUUGAGAAGUUUGCACCUUUACAGAAUUAAAAUGAAGGAUGAGACAACACUUUCGGAUGCACUUUCGGCAUCUUUGUCGGUUUGCCAUUCUCUUGUUGAGCUAAAAUUUGUGGGCAUGAUGGAUGUUUAUAUCAGUCGUAUACUGGAGUGCGUGAGUAGAUAUUGUCGCUUGCUAGAGCAUUUUAUCUUCGAAUUUAGCGGAGACUGUCGAAUCAAUUCGAUCUGUGAGAUCUCAUCUCACACACAACGCAGGCAGACCUGA